AUGGAAAUGGUAGGAGAUCACUAUGGUACAAGAGGUAUCUUGAGGCCUUUGGUUUUCCGUCUCCAUGAGAAUGUCCCUGAAAUUGUCCGUGAGGUUUUACUGGAACGUGGCUGGGCUGAAUUUGACAAAAAGGAGCAAGAUGAUGCAGACUGGAACCUGUACUGGCGGAACUCACCUUUCACUCUGACAGACCAUCAGAGCAUUAAACCAUGGCAGAGACUCAACCACUACCCAGAAGCUGUUCGGAUCGCCAGAAAAGACUAUUUGGCAAGGUAUCUGAAACAUAUGAAAGGAGCAUAUGGAUCAGCUCUCUAUGAAUUUAGUCCAGUGACAUUCAUCAUGCCCCAUGACUAUGUCAAAUUUAUAGCAGAAUACAGCAAGGAGAGACAGUCCGUAGGCAGAAAACCUAGCUUGUGGAUUUGCAAACCUGUGGAUCAUUCCGGUGGAAAGGGCAUACACAUUUUCCAAGACAUUAAGGACUUAAAAUAUGACUGUACAGUCAUUGUGCAGAAGUACAUUAGCAACCCCUUCCUCAUUUCAGGGUAUAAACUGGAUCUGCGCCUCUAUGUGUGUGUCACCAGCUUUUGCCCCCUCACCAUUUACACUUAUGAAGAAGGACUGGUAAGGUUUGCCUCGGAAAAGUUUGACCUCGAUUCUCUGGACAACAUCUAUGCCCACCUAACAAACACCAGCAUCAACAAAUACGGAUCUUCAUAUAAAACAUAUAAAGAAGGGAUUGGCUGUGGCUGCAAAUGGACGUUCAGCAAAUUUCGUUCUUACCUUCGAAUAUUUGGGAUUGAUGACAUGCUCCUCUGGCAGAAGAUCAAUAACAUAGUGAUUCUCACCCUGCUUGCUGUAACCCCCUUACCAGUGGCUUCCAAUUGCUUUGAGCUCUUUGGCUUUGACAUCCUGAUUGAUGACAAAUUCAAGCCAUGGCUUUUAGAAGUUAACUGCAAUCCGGCCUUGUGUUUAGACUGUUCCAUUGAUGAUACUGUGAAAAGGAAACUUCUUCAUGAUAUUGUUCAACUGCUGAACUACAAAGAGAUUGACACUUACAGGCAAAACCAAGUGGCUAGGACAAAAGCUGGCAGAAGGCGGGUGGUGUGGCGCACAGCUGGUGAGAACACCACCAGGGAGGCUCCUGUUUUACUCACUGGCCGAAAAGUGGUUAAAUAUAAUUCUGAUUCCUCUGUACAACCUGCCCUGCAGGCUGCAAGACGAUCAGUUUGUAAGGUGGCUACUGUGACUAAGAAAAGUGCCAUACCACAUCCAAGAAAAACACUGACUUCCCAGCUGCGGGAAAGGAUGAACAUGCCAAAAACAGACUCCCAGACAAAAGCUGAAGCUGAAGAUACACCGCUCUCAGUAGCUGGGCAUCGUCCACACAAGUCUGCCCAAACUAGCCACUCGUUACCUGCACCCAACUUGCACAACUACAAGUUAACCACACACCCCUAUUUCCUUUCUGAUAAAGACCAGAGGCCUAUCCCUCGGGUAGGAGAUUUUGUCCUUAUUUUUCCUUUCAAUGAAGCUGCACUUCAAGCUUCCAGGGAUAGAACAGAUGUAAAGAGCAUCAUAAAGGAAAUAAACAAAUUAUUGAGCAAAGAGUUACCAUCAAAACAGCAGAACACAAAUAAAAGGGCAACUUCUUUAACUUCUGUGUAA